CGCAAUAAACUGAAGGAACAGGGGUAAAGAAGAUGUAUAACAUGAAGGCCGUGCUUAACUAGGGUUUUGCUUCAUCUAUUCUUGCCUCUUCAGAGAGAGAGAGAGAGAGGAAGAGUCUCUCUGCAGUCAAUGGGAAAUUUCAGGUUUCAUCAAUACCAGGUGGUGGGUCGAUCUCUUCCCACCCCAUCCGACGAACACCCCAAGAUCUACCGCAUGAAGCUAUGGGCCACCAACGAAGUCAGAGCAAAAUCCAAGUUCUGGUAUUUCUUGAGAAAGCUGAAGAAGGUGAAGAAGAGCAACGGACAAGUGCUUGCCAUUAACGAGAUAUUUGAGGAGUAUCCAACAACGAUUGAUAACUAUGGUAUCUGGCUGAGGUACCAGAGCAGGACUGGCUACCACAACAUGUACAAGGAGUACAGGGACACCACGUUGAACGGUGCCGUCGAGCAGAUGUACAAUGAGAUGGCAUCCCGCCACCGUGUCAGGUCUCCCUGUAUUCAGAUAAUCAAGACGGCCACCGUCUCUGAUUCUGACUGUAAGCGCGAGAGCACCAAGCAGUUCCAUGGCUUAAAGAUCAAAUUCCCCCUUGUCUUCAGGAAAGUGAGGCCCCCAACUCGUAAGCUCAAGACCACUUUCAAGGCUUCUCGCCCGAAUCUCUUCAUGUAGAAGAGAAUUAUAGUAUUUGUGCUUUUUCCCCUUACAUUUUUGUUUUGCUUUUACUUUGUGGGUUGGGGAACCUUGGACUAGUCUACUUAAGCACCAACAGCAGAGUGGCACUGGAUUUUAUUUUUUUCCCUUGCGAGAAGUAGCAUUUAUGACGGGGACCUUUGAACUAGUUCUUAAUUGAAUCCUAGAGUAUUUGGUGGUA